AUGAGGCUUUCAAUGCAGUUUUGGAACAAGGGAUACCUGUCCAAAGAGCAGCAACAACCUAUGGUUCCAAUCACUACUCUUAAAGACAGAAUUAAAGGCCACAUUGAUGUUGACACUGUAAAAUCCGGACCUUCCCUUUUAUUUUCCCAAGAACAAGAGGCUUUACUUUCUCAGCACAUUAAUGCAAUGGCAGAGCUGGGGUAUGGCUACUCUAGAGUGGAGACUAUUAAUCUUGCACCAGAUUAUGCUAUUCACCUUGGAUUGCGCCAACGAGAAAAGCCAUUUAGCUUGAAAUGGGUAUAUAAUUUUCUUCAGAGAUGGCCAGAUUUGAAGGUUAAGAAACCAAGGAGUUUAGAAGCAGCCAGGGUAAAGUGUGCAACAAGAUCUGUUAUAGAUAAUAACUUCAAAGAACUGGAUAAGAUCAUGUCACAACAUAACUUUAAAGAGAGGCCACAUGCGAUCUAUAACAUUGAUGAGAAAGGCUUGUCUACAGACCACAAACCCCCUAAAAUAGUGUCUGGAUCAUCAUACAAAACACAAGCUGUUACAUCUGGGAUGUCUCAGACCAUUACCAUCAUUGGUGCUGGGAAUGCUCUUGGGCAACAAGUCCCACCAUACUUUGUUUUUCCAGGGAAACGAUUUAUAGAUGGUCUUCUUGAUGGUGCAAGUCUAGGAGCAACAAGUACCAUGAGUGAUUCUGGAUGGUCCAACACGUAUAUCUCCACGUCCUAUAUCAAGGAUCAUUUAUUCAAAUACUUACCUCAUCAUGAUGAAAAGUCUCCAGUGCUUGUUCUUUAUGAUGGACACAGGAGUCACAUAUCUAUAGGACUUAUUGAGUGGGCAAAGGAAAAUAACAUCAUCCUAUUUGUUUUACCACCCCAUUGUAGUCAUCUUCUUCAGCCUUUAGAUGUGAGCUGCUAUGGACCUUUCGAGACUGCCUGGAACUCUGCGUGCCACAGACAUUUGAGGGAAUCUGGUGGAAAUGUCAUAACGAGGUUUGAUGUCUGUAAAAUUGCCUGCAAAGUUUAUGCUGCCACACUGACACCAUCCAAUAUUCAGGUAGCCUUUAGAAAAUGUGGAAUUUAUCCCUAUGACCCAACUGUAGUCUCAGAUUCCCUUGUUGCCCCAUCACUUACUUUCGCAGCCAUUUCUUCCUCCACCAUAUCACCGAAUUCAAGCUCAAUUACCAGUAGUGAAGACAAGGAAAAUGAACAACCCAAACAAUCAAAGGAAAAAGAAUUUUUGGAAUGCAAAGGAGGCCAGAUUCUUCAAAACGUAAAAGCAGCUAAAGUACGUAAAACAUUGAGUAAAGUGGUUGCUGGGAAGCCAAUUACGGAUGAUGGUGUUCUUCAACAGAUUAAGACUCAUAUAGAGUCUCAGUCAUCAGUUGAGACAUCUAAAAUUUAA